UUGGGUCUAGAUGAUAUAACCUCAAAUCAGUUUAGGAUUCUAUGUGUAGUGGUUCACCAGCUCGGCCGAAGUGUUACAGCCAAACGGUCCCUUAUUGGUAGAAAGAUUUCUUCUGUUCCUGAAAUUCUAUUGCUCCGCCUCACACUCUGAAAUCCAAAUCAAUCGAACGCUGUAAAAGAGAAGUGUAUGGACAAGGGCAAAGCGGUGAUGGGCUCGGGCCGGCGUUGGGCCGUGGAUUUCACGGACAAUUCAACUUCGCAUUCAUCGCGUGAUAUUCUUGAUCCACCGGGAUUCACUCGCGCUUCACAAGAACAGGAAGAUUCUGCUGUGAGCAAACAGAAGAAGGACGCUGAGGCCAAUUGGAAAGCCCAGAAAGCAUGGGAAGUUGCACAAGCCCCCUUUAAGAACUUGUUCAUGAUGGCAUUCAUGAUGUGGAUGGCUGGAAGCACAGUUCAUCUAUUUAGCAUCGGCAUAACAUUUUCAGCUCUUUUGCAGCCCAUUAGUGCCCUUCGUGGGGUAGGGAAAGUUUUCGAGCCAUACAAGGACAACAAAGUUGAUCUAUUGGCACCAAAAUUAGCAUUUAUUGCCCUUAAUUUGGUCGGCUUAGGGCUCGGCAUCUGGAAGCUUAACACGCUAGGUCUUCUUCCAACUCAUGUAUCAGAUUGGGUUUCAUCCUUGCCUCCCCCACAGGAUGUGGAGUAUUCUGGCGGAGGUAUUCCGCUUUACUAGCUUUUAGCUUCUCUCUCUAGCCGAAGGUUUAAUUUGGUGGUGCUCGUUAGACAAUCGGAGGCCUUUCGAGCAGGUGAAUGCCACCACUGUUAAUCGUUGGUGACUGCAGUAAUAUUACGAAUUGUUCGAUUUUGGGAAAAAGUAAAUGAGUUUUUUGGAGUCGGUGUUUGUUGUUAAAACGUUUUAAAAUUCUAAAUGGAGGAUGGUUAUGAAUGGUUUUAGUGACUUUUGGAUAGUUGAAAAUUGUUAAGGUGUGAGUUCAUGUUUUUAAGAUUAUGUUAUUGCAGUGAAUUUUCAUUGGUUUUUAUGAACCAGAGAAUGAUUUGUUCGUGUGUGUACUUGUUACAGAACAUCAACAGUUCAUGAAUAAUCGUAUUUUCUAAUAGGCUUCAACA